AUGGAGUCUGGAUACAAGCAUUUCAGUCACACACACAACCUAAUGAUGCAUGAUAUACCAGAAGGUUCCGAUGUCUCUUGCUCCGGCUGCAACUCUUCAGCCACCAACACCGUGUAUGUUUGCUGGCACUGCAAUUUCUUCCUCCACGAGCAAUGUUUUCACGCAUCCCGGUCCCGGAAACAUCCAUCACACCCUCUUCACCCUCUUACCUUGGUUCCUUACCCUACGUACCCAUCCAGUUCUUUCUAUUGCAAUUCCUGCAAAAUCAUUGGAACUGGCUUCUCCUAUUCAUGUCCAGAUUGUGAUUUUGAUCUCCAUGUCCAAUGUGCUUAUUCCAUAUCUGGUGCUACAAAUUUUCAUCAACCACAUCAGGUAAGUACUACUCCUCAUCCACAUAAUCUUUUUCAUCAGAACCAAGAAAUAGUGCCACCUGCACAUUUCCAUGUCCCAAAUUCUUCCAUGGUCCCUAAUGUUGCAGCCGUUUCAAUUCCGAUUCCCGCUCAUAUUCCAACUCCGAUUCCAGUUCAUGCUCAAUAUGCAACGACUGUUACCCACAACUCUUACAUGCCUCAAAAUGCUUUCCCGUUUCCUCUUCCUACUAGUGCUCAAAAUCUGCCGUUUCCUCUUCCUACUAGUGCUCAAAAUCCGAUUAUAAGUGCCCAAAAUGCUUAUACAUCUCAAAAUUUUACUAGUGCUCCCACAAGUGCCCAAAAUUCGAAUAGUGCUCCAUAUGCAGCUUUUGCUUCUGUUCCAAAUAGUGCUCCAUUUGAACAGUCAUCUCCCCGUGUGGAAGCUGGUCAAAACAGACAGAAAAUUCAAGGGACCAAACACUUUACCCACCCUCAUGGUUUAGUUUUGGUAAACUUAAAACAUGGAAAAAAGGAGAUAGCUUGCUCGGGAUGUCAAGAAACUCUGGUUGGCAUAGGUUAUUCAUGUGUUGAAGAAAAUUGUCACUUUCAACUUCAUGAAUCUUGCUUUCAUCUGGAGAGAGAGAUUUUACACGAAUCUCAUCCAGCUCAUCCUCUUGCCCUUCUCUCCACAUCGCCAUAUAGUAAGGAAAAUCGCACGUUUACUUGUGAUGCAUGCUUCAGAGAAGGUACUGGCUUUUUCUAUCACUGUUCGAUAUGUGAACACAAUCUACAUGUUAAGUGUGCAACGUUGAAGGACACAGUGAAGCGCAGUGAUCAUGUUCAUGCUCUUAAGCUGUUUUAUGAGUGCCCAUUGAUGGGAGAUGAGUACACAUUCUAUUGUGAUGUGUGUAAUCUGGUUGUGCCUCUGGGUCACUGGACGUAUUACUGCCAAGAGUGUGACUUUUGGUUCUCAUUUGGAUUGUGUGGAUCGUGA